AUGUCCUCAUUUCAGUGUACUCCCCCUCAAUUCCUUUACGUGGAAAGUGGAGGGAUAUUUCGGGCCAAAACCCAAGCUGGCCCAGGCGCGCCCGCCAAACGCUCCGGCCGCUCUCUGCUGCCAGCACUCUGGUUCCAGGGCCGCCCGGGGGGACGCCGUUGGCGGCGACACCGGAGGGAGGCGGGUCAGGAAGUGGGGGCGCGGCGGCCGGGAGCGGGCCUGGGGAGACAGAGGGGUUCCGCAACGCGGAGGGCGGGACACUCCGGGCUGCGCGGGAGCCGGAGGGGCGCCCCGGCCUCCGCGGGGACGAUGGCGGAGGAAGAAGGACCAACUACAGAACUGCGCCAAAGAAAAAAGCCAAAGUCUUCAGAAAAUAAAGAAUCUGCCAAAGAAGAGAAAAUCAACAGCACUCCAAUUCCUGAAAGAGCUCCAAAACAUAUAUUAUUUCAGCGCUUUGCAAAGAUAUUCAUUGGCUGUCUUGCAGCAGUUACUAGUGGUAUGAUGUAUGCUCUCUAUUUAUCAGCAUACCAUGAACGGAAAUUCUGGUUUUCUAACAGGCAGGAGCUUGAACGGGAAAUCACAUUUCAGGGUGACAGUGCCAUUUAUUACUCUUAUUAUAAAGAUAUGUUAAAGGCACCUUCAUUUGAAAGAGGUGUAUAUGAACUGACACACAAUAACAAAACUGUAUCUCUGAAGACUAUAAAUGCAGUGCAGCAAAUGUCUCUAUAUCCAGAACUUAUUGCCAGCGUUUUAUAUCAAGCAACUGGUAGCAAUGAGAUUAUUGAGCCAGUAUAUUUCUAUAUUGGCAUUGUUUUUGGAUUGCAAGGAAUAUAUGUCACUGCUUUAUUUGUUACAAGUUGGCUUAUGAGUGGAACUUGGCUAGCAGGAAUGCUAACUGUUGCAUGGUUCAUUAUUAACAGGGUAGAUACAACAAGAAUUGAAUACUCCAUUCCUUUAAGAGAAAACUGGGCACUACCGUAUUUUGCAUGCCAAGUUGCUGCACUUACAGGCUAUUUAAAAAGCAACUUAAAUUCUUAUGGAGAGGUUCAUGAAGUUUAUAAAAUCUAUAUAUUUUCUCUCUUUCUGGGAUAUUUACUGCAGUUUGAAAAUUCAGCUUUAUUGGUGUCUCCUUUAUUAAGUUUAGUAGUAGCCUUAAUGCUUGCUAAGUGCCUUCAGCUGAAUGUGAAGAAAGGGACUUUUGUGGCUAAAAUCAUGAAAGUGAUUAAUUUUUACUUGGUGUGUACUCUGACAGUGACAUUGAAUAUUAUAAUGAAGAUGUUUGUCCCACACAAAGAAAAUGGACAUAUGCUGAAAUUCCUUGAAGUAAAAUUUGGACUAAAUAUGACUAGGAAUUUUACAAUGAAUUGGCUCCUAUGUCAAGAAUCCCUUCAGGCACCAUCUCAAGAUUUUUUUUUGCGAUUGACACAGUCUUCUUUAUUACCUUUCUACAUUUUAGUGUUAAUUAUUUGUUUUAUUUCUAUGAUUCAAGUUAUUUUUAGGAGAAUUAAUAGUGGUAAAUCCCUGAAAGAAACUAUUACGCUUGAAGAUGGACGAAUUGGAGAAAGGCCAGAAAUAAUUUAUCACGUGAUUCACACUAUUUUAUUGGGCUCUCUUGCAAUGAUUAUAGAAGGUUUGAAAUACCUCUGGACUCCUUAUGUGUGCAUGUUAGCAGCAUUUGGUGUCUGUUCUCCUGAACUUUGGAUGACACUUUUCAAGUGGCUUCGAUUACGAACUGUACACCCAGUGUUGUUGGCUCUUAUUCUGAGCAUGGCUGUGCCCACUAUAAUAGGUCUCAGCUUAUGGAAAGAGUUUUUUCCAAGAUUAAUGACAGAAUUAAUGGAACUACAAGAAUUUUAUGACCCAGAUACGGUGGAACUUAUGACCUGGAUAAAAAGGCAAGCUCCAGUUGCAGCUGUGUUUGCGGGAAGUCCACAGUUAAUGGGUGUGAUUAAAUUAUGCACUGGAUGGAUGGUAACAAGUUUGCCUCUUUACAGUGAUGAUGAUCUUCUCAAGAGAAAUGAAAACAUCUUCCAAAUCUAUUCAAAGCGAUCUGCUGAAGAUAUUUAUAAAAUACUGACAUCCUACAAGGCGAAUUACCUAAUUGUAGAAGAUGCUAUCUGCAACGAGGUGGGAACCAUGAGAGGCUGUAGGGUUAAAGAUUUAUUAGACAUUGCAAAUGGCCAUGUGGUUUGUGAAGAAGGUGACAAGUUAACCUAUUCAAAACAUGGACGAUUUUGUCAUGAGGUCAAAAUUAACUAUUCUCCAUAUGUGAAUUAUUUCACUAGAGUAUACUGGAACAGAUCAUACUUUGUAUAUAAAAUCAACACUGUGAUAUCCUUUCAGUCUUGAACAAUAGCAGAGCCUUCGUUUCUAAGACUUAUACCACCUGAAGUAGAGUGCAGUUUUCUUCUACCUAUGUGGUGUCUUUUGGAAAUCAGAGUAUGGACAUUUGAAAUGUUGCUGCUGCUUUUCCCUCCUGCUGGUGACUGGAUCUAGAGUUCUUUGGGGGAAAGAAGAUCAGAUGUCACUGUCCUUUGAUAAAAUGUCAAAUCUGACACUCUGCAGUAUUCCAGCCAGGUGUUUUCCUUAUUGCUACAUGGUCUUUAAAGAUUUUACCUUCUAAACUAUUGAAAAAUUUUCCUCAUAAGUCUUCGUUUCAUCGUAACAUGAGUCUUGAAUUUGAAUAUGUUCAAGGUCAGAGAGUAUGUCUCAAAUAUAACAUUUAAUAAAUACGUAAUGUGAUAUAAUUAUAGAAUAGAAGGAAAGAAUUAUUUCUUCCCUCAAGGCAGUUUCUGAAGGUAUUUCAUGGUGUAUAAUAGAACUGAAAUAUUACAAUAAAAAACUAAUUUAAAUGUUUACUGAAAAUUUGUGGCAUUUAAAUUAAAAUGGAAAUUAUAUAACGGAAAGUGAUUUUUAAAGAUAUACGUAAAGAUAUAUCGAGAUUUUCCAUGAUACUGCUUUCAUCAUCUGCUGCUUAUAGAAGUGAGCACUUUCUUAGUACUAAAUAGUGCAUGAUACUGCAUUUCAUUACUUUAUGAUUAUUAAGUGUUUAGUUUUUUUGCUUCUAUAAAUUUGAUACCAAUUUAAUCAUGAUAAAACAGUAACUCUUGUUACCUGUGUAUUUUUAAAAACAGACAUUUAAAAGAAUGUUCAAAAUUAAAAAAUAAGAAAAAAAAAGAAUGUUUAGGUUUUUAAAAAAUAUGGAUGUGGAGUAUAUAAUCUAUUCACAUGUUUUCUAUUGACGUAUUAAGUAAAAAAUUAAACCUUUAUCAGAAUGAGAAUCUGUACACUAAAAUGAGCAACAAUUUCUGGAGAUAUGUGCAGAUGCUGUUCAACAUACCUCUGCAUAGAGAUAUAUUUAUGAUAAAACACAAGUGCUAUUAUUUAUGAAACGGUGAUACAGUCUUCAACAUUAAGAACAAAAUGGCAAUUAUAAUAAAAUUCAAAGCACAGUUCCACAAUCUGUUAUGUUCCUUUAAGUUAAAUGUUUUCAUAUUUUCAAUUGUUAAUUAAAAGAAAUUCUAAAUGAUUAAUUUGGCCUUAUAAAGAGAUUCAGGAUGGAUGCAUCAUUUUAAUAAGAUGGGAUGCAUGUUUAGUUUUACCUUAUACACCUGUUAAGUGAACAGACUUAAAAAUUUUUCACUUGUUAGAGUGCUAUAAAAAUUGCAAUUUCAUUACUCUAAAUUACUACAUUAGAAAGGAGCAUCCUUCUAUUAUCUUUAUUUUCUGUAAUAUAUAUUUUAAAAGUACAAAAGCACGUGCAUCCUUAGAUUAGCUCUAAGAUGUUUUGUUCUUUGGGAGCUUAAGAAUUGUUUGAUGGCAGUGCCAUAUGUCUGGUGCAUUAGUUUUAUUGGUUCUCAAGUCAUGAUUUAUGUGACUUCUAACUUUUCUAUUAAGAUAGCUACAGGCAGGCUAUUUCAGGUUCUCUGUAUAUCUUAAUAGUGAGUCACUAGUAUUUAGCUUCAAGCCUUGUGAAAAUAUUACCAUAGUUACCUAAGUACACAGUGAAGAGUCACAUGGUAGUACUUAUAAUUAGAGGGAGCAUGUAAAACAGUGUAAUUUAAAAACCUGCUUGCAUAUUUUGAAAGGGAAAUAGAACAACCUACUUUCUAUGAGGCAUGAAAUAUUUAAUUGAAUUUUUAUUGAUUUAUUUUAUGCUCAAGUAUGCUGAAUUAGUUUUGAUUGUUGUGUAUCUCUUGUUUUUGACAUUAGUAAGUUGCUUUUGCUUCUGUCAACUUAUUUCUUAAAUAAAAUAGGUUUGGAGCAGUUUUUAAUUGAAGUUUUUAAAUAAUGAAUUUUUCACUCAGCGUUAGUUGAAAAGAAAAAUGUGAGCUUUAUUAUAGAAAUAAUAGUACUGGGUAUGAAAGAUAAGCUUAUUUGCUUCCAUUUUAGCUGUACUUAAAACAAUAGUGCUAGAAAACUUUGAGGAACAUUUAAUUAUUUCCUUACUUAUUUGUAAAGUAACAAGUGAUUAAGAAUUCUGCACGUAAUUCCAUUUGAGUAACUUAUGGUUGUUAGGUUUGACAAUAAAGAUCUACUGUGAAAGGGGCAAAGUUUGUGGGUUUGGGGUAGAAGGAAUUUCUCAAAGAAAUAUGAAACAAAUACUUUGCCCCUCAUGUUGCAAAACCAUUGAAAUAAGUGCCUUAACCUCCUUAUUUCAAAGUUUACUUUUUAUUUUCAAAAAAAUUAUCCAUUUCUUACUUUUUCAUAAGAAAAUUUUGGUAGCUUUUUCCUCAUUAAGCACAGGGAAAGAAUCCUCACUAUGCUAUUUUCGCAAUUAACUUUAAUUCAUUAAUAAGCAAAUCUUUGUUAAGGGUAGGAUGGGAUUUCUAGCCUGCUAAAUUAAUUUAUUUAGCUUCCCAAAUGCCAAACAAUCCAAUAAAUAAAACUUACUUGAUAAGGUGUAUGAUAUUCUCUGCCAGUUUAUGUUUUCUCUAACUUUGGCAUCUGUGUCUUGGUGCUUUUUAUUAGGCUGGUAGGGUUUUACAACCUGGGGAGUAUGCAUUGCACUUCUAAAAUUUUUCUUCAUUACAUCCUGAAUAUAUAGACAGAGUGUUUUUUCAGGACAUUAACCCAAAUUACUAAAAGUCUAAUGUUAUGACACUCUUCCAUACAGUCUGGAUUGAUUCAAGGAAAAGUAGAAAUGGAGGUCAAAGUGUGUUACAAGUUGGGGCUGAAAAAUAUGCUUUAAAAAAUAGACUAAAAAUAAAUAAAUAAAGUUAAAAAUAAGCUAUUAAUUUCUUGAAAGGAACAGUGACUAGCCAUCUUAUUAAACUUUGUUUUUUGGGGGAAAUCAAAUGUUUUUUUGGCUGUUUCUAUUUUUGAACUGUUAAAACAUUUUGAUGCCUUUUGUGGGUAAAAGUAGUGUCUCUCUUUAUAAAACUGUUGGGGUUUCUAAAAGUAUGUAAAUCAAUUUUUUUGGUAAAUUUAUUUUAAAUGCAUGACUAUUUAAAGGACAUAUAUUGUGAACUGUUCUGUGUAUUUAAGAACUUAUUGUAAAGCAAAUAACUUCUUCCUGAUUUACAUCUCAAUAUAUUAUGUCAUUUGUCCAGUUUUUAAAAUAUACAUUCUCUAUUGUUGCUAUUUGCUAAUAGUUUUAGAUCCCAAUAUAUAUUAAAAUUACAGCUCUGAAAAGUUGCAAGUAAAAUUGAAAAAUUUCUUAUUGAAAUAAUAGCUCAUUAUUUAGUUGUUGAAUGUGCAAGACAUACUUUUUUUUAAGAUUAAUACUUUAAAUAAAAUUAGAUGUGAAAAUUGCAAAGGAAUAUAUUUGAUUCAACCAUUUUCCUUCCAUUAAGGUUUCUAAACAUUAUAUUUGUUUUCCAUAAUACAAAAAAAGGGCAUUUUAGAACCAGAUUUGCUGAAUUUAGCAUAAACGCAUCUCUGAAUCAUUUCUGUUUAGAAGUCUCUUAGAAUUUGCAACAUUCUAAUUUUGGCAUGUGUGAUAUGUGCAGUUUUAUAAGAGAUACACUGAACAUCUGACAACUAUAUUUAAUGGAAUAAUAGUAUCAAAAAGAAAUAUACAUUCCAUACUUAUAGUGUAAGAUAUCUCAUAAACAACCAUUUCUCAUUUUAAAAUAAUAGCUUCAUACAGCUAUUUAACAAAGAUGAACACAACUGAUUUUAUGUGUGUUGACUUUUGAAUCCUAUCUACAACAAUGUAUGUUUAGAUUAAAUAUGUUCUUCCUGUAACUAAGGGUACAUCUUUGCAAAAGAAUAAAAGUUAAUUUCAGUAAACAAAAAUUCUUUAAAAGAGUUGGGUUAUGAACUAGUUUGCUUUGUAACAUAAAUGUACUUCUAUCAAGAAUGAAAUUAUUUAUUUCAUGCUUAAUUACGC